UCAAAAGUACAGAGACAGAUAAUAUCUGUGGUUUCUCUGCACUCUGGAGGCUCUCACAUUUUGCUAAUAGCACCAACCUCACCACUGUGUGCACACAUUCAGAGGGACUUCGCCUCGAAGUAAACACAGAAUCUCUUCACCACUAACCUUGAUUAUUUUUACCUGGACACACCAUGUCUGGAGGAAUGAAGCUGCAAGUCCUUCUGAUGAAUUUCAUUAAUUAUUUACUGCUGACGAGCCAAGAAGAAGAUACACAGGACUCAAAUUUUGACUUAAAAGAUUUUUGGGAAGACUCCAACACCACUUACGAAUAUCCAGAUGUCCCGGGUAGUGAUCCCUGCGAAACACACAUUCCAGGAUUCAGCUCUUUAGCCCUGAUGGUGGUCUAUAUGAUCGUGUUUGUCAUCGGCCUGGUGGGAAACAGUGUGGUGGUCUACGUUGUAUGCUCUAUGAGUAAAGGUAGAACCAGCACAGAUAUCUACCUGAUGCACCUUGCCUUGGCUGACCUCCUCUUCUCCAUCACCCUCCCUUUCUGGGCUGUUGACUCUCAUCACGGUUGGAUCUUUGGCAACAUCCCAUGCAAGCUCUUCUCAGGCUUCAAGGAGGCAUCUGUUUACAGCGGGGUCUUCCUGUUGGCCUGCAUCAGUGUGGACCGGUACAUUGCUAUUGUGAAAGCCACACGAGUGAUGUCAUCCCGCCACCUUCUGGUGAAGGUGGUCUGCUGUGUUGUGUGGCUGAUAUCCAGUUUGCUGUCUCUACCUGUAGUAAUUCAAAGAGAGAGCUUCUAUGCUCCUGAUCUGAACCAGUCCAUUUGCUACGAGAAUCUAACAGGGGAAAGCAGCGACCGGUGGCGGGUAGGCAUCCGAGUUCUGAGGCACACCUUGGGCUUUUUCCUGCCCCUGUUGGUGAUGGCCGUCUGCUAUGGCUGGACGCUGGUGACUCUGUAUAACACGCGCAACCAGCAGAAGCAUAAGGCCAUGCGUGUCAUCCUGGCAGUGGUGGUGGCGUUUAUUCUCUGCUGGCUGCCUUACAACAUCACUGUGCUGAUUGACACCCUUUCCCGAGGUCAGACAAUUGAACUAGACUGCAAUACCCUCUACAGACUAGAGAGCAUGCUGGAGGUGACCAAGGUAUUUGCCUUCAUGCACUGCAUGGUGAACCCUGUGCUGUACGCCUUCAUCGGACAGAAGUUUCGGAACGAGUUGCUAACGGCUCUUUACAAACAGGGCAUCAUUAGCAAGAAGCUCUGGGUGUCUUACAGGAAGGGCUCUGCUGGCAGCUUGGCGAGCUUCAGGUCAAGAAACACCUCUAUGUCAGCUUGAAUUCACCUUGAUGUUUGGUUAUUUGACCCUCCCCACAAAAAUAGAGGUACAUAGAGGGUAUUACCGUUGAGCUGCAGUCAUGUAAAAACUAGAUUAUACAACACUUAAUUAUUUACCAAAAAAAGGGCUCUAUGUCACAUUACUCAUUCAGCAGCAAAUCCGACCCUCUCAAAUUACAUAGACAAGUUUUUGUAAAAAGCAACCCAUAAAGGAGAAUAGAGGACCUCGCCUUUUCAGCCAGGCCAACAAUUUCCUUUAACGAGCCCCCCUUUCAGACACUUAGAAGGGGCAUUGCAGUCUAACAAAAGAAGCCAAACGACCUCCAUUCCAAAGGGGUGGACCCAUUCAUCUGUUUC